UAGUAACGCCUCUUCCGGCGCUGAUUGGUUGUUGCUUUGACCCGCCCACACGUCGCACGCUCCCCCUACCGCGCGUGCGCGCUGUCAGUACGGAGCCUCAGAAUGGCGGACGACGAGGCUUUGGGAUUCGAACACAUGGGAUUGGAUCCCCGGCUCUUGCAGGCCGUGACGGACCUGGGCUGGUCGCGGCCCACGCUGAUCCAGGAGAAGGCCAUCCCGCUGGCCCUGGAGGGGAAGGACCUGCUGGCCCGCGCCCGCACCGGCUCGGGGAAGACGGCCGCCUACGCGGUUCCCAUGCUGCAGCUGCUGCUCCAGAGGAAGGCGACCGGCCCGGUGGUGGAGCAGGCUGUGCGCGGCCUUGUCCUCGUGCCCACCAAGGAGCUGGCGCGGCAGGCCCAGGCCAUGAUCCAGCAGCUGGCUGCCUACUGCGCCCGAGACAUCCGGGUGGCCAAUGUGUCAGCCGCUGAAGACUCGGCCUCUCAGAGAGCUGUGCUGAUGGAGAAGCCUGACAUCGUGGUGGGGACCCCGUCGCGCAUAUUAAACCACUUGCAGCAAGACAGCUUGAAGCUGCGGGACUCCCUCGAGCUGCUGGUGAUGGACGAAGCCGACCUCCUCUUCUCCUUUGGCUUCGAGGAGGAGCUCAAGAGUCUCCUCUGUCACUUGCCCCGGAUUUAUCAGGCUUUUCUGAUGUCGGCUACCUUUAACGAGGAUGUGCAAACACUCAAGGAGCUGGUCCUGCAUAACCCAGUUACCCUCAAGUUGCAAGAGUCCCAGCUGCCAGGGCCAGAGCAGCUCCAGCAGUUCCAGGUGGUCUGUGGCACGGAGGAAGACAAGUUCCUGCUGCUAUACGCCCUGCUCAAGCUGUCGCUGAUUCGGGGCAAGUCCCUGCUCUUUGUCAACACUCUGGAGCGCGGCUACCGGCUGCGCCUGUUCCUGGAGCAGUUCAGCAUCCCCGCCUGCGUGCUCAAUGGGGAGCUGCCCCUGCGCUCCAGGUGCCACAUCAUCUCGCAGUUUAACCAAGGCUUCUACGACUGCGUCAUAGCGACUGAUGCGGAAGUCCUGGGUGCCCCGGUCAAAGGCAAGCGCCAGGGCAAAGGGCCCAAGGGGAACAGGGCCUCUGACCCGGAGGCGGGGGUGGCCCGGGGCAUAGACUUCCACCACGUGUGUGCCGUGCUCAACUUCGACCUCCCCCCCACCCCUGAGGCCUACAUCCAUCGAGCUGGCAGGACGGCACGUGCCAACAACCCAGGUGUAGUCUUGACCUUUGUGUUGCCCACGGAGCAGUCCCAGCUGGGGAGGAUUGAGGAGCUUCUCGGUGGAGAGAACGGGGCCCCCGCCCUGCUGCCCUACCAGUUCCGCAUGGAGGAAAUCGAGGGCUUCCGCUACCGCUGCAGGGACGCCAUGCGCUCGGUGACGAAACAAGCCAUCCGGGAAGCAAGGCUGAAGGAGAUCAAGGAGGAGCUCCUGCACUCGGAGAGGCUGAAGACGUACUUUGAAGACAACCCCAGGGACCUCCAGCUGCUGCGCCAUGACCUGCCCCUGCACCCUGCCGUGGUCAAGCCUCACCUGGGCCACGUCCCUGACUACCUGGUUCCUCCUGCUCUUCGCGGCCUGGUUCACCCUCACAAGAAGCGGAAGAAGCCGUCCUCUAAGAAGGUCAAGAAGGUGAAGGCCCAGAACCCACUGCGCAGCUUCAAGCACAGAGGAGUGAAGCACAGACCCAGGGCGGUGCCCUCCUGAGGUCGUCCAGGCGGCCUCAGCUAUCUUCCUGGCCUCGUGGGGCUGAGCACAGCGGGAAAGUAGAGUUCCCCCUCGACAGAGGGGCUGAUUCCCGCCCUGGACGAAUGCACUAGGCUCUGGAGCAGGCAGACUAUGGCCUCCCGAUCCGUGGCACUGCCAGGCCGCAUUUUGUGCCUUAAAGACAGAAUAAAGGUUCUGGCUGCCUCCG